CACUACAAAAGAAACAGAGCAGACAAACAACAUGUAUGGGCGAAUGCUGAUGACCUUUGUAAAAAAAUAUACUGAUCCCGGCUUUGUAAAACAAACACGUUCUCUUUUCUUUGUUGCAUGUACCUUUGCUGCAUGGCAAUGUCAACAAGCAGUGCCUUUAUUAAAUGACCAUAGAUGGUUUGAUUCAGUGAAGCGUAAAUAUGAAGCACGAUGUCAGGUUCAAAACAACAAUUUAAAGAAAAACACGUCUUCUAAAGUUGGUAAAAAUACAAAAAAAGGACAGGACGAUGAAAAAGAUGAAUCAAAUAUAAUAAACCCUUCUGAAAAUGAGAUAAGAAUAGUUGUCAUCGGAGCUAAUGAACACGCUAAAAGUACAACAGCAAGUAUGCUACUAUUGAAAGACAACAUAACGUGGUGUCAUAACAAAGAAACUAAAUUGAAAACAUUAUACCAACAAAUAGAUUCCCACAAGUACAAGAUUGAUAUCAUUGACACAUCGCCUGUGUUUGAAUACCCUCCAAGAUUAGAUGAUGAAAAAAAACUUGAAAUCCAUAACGCUACAGCACUUUCGUGUCCAGGGCCACAUGCUGUUAUUUUGUGCAUUCCAACAACAAAUAUAGACAACGAACACUUAAAAGAUGUUAUAAAGCCUUACGAAAACAUAUUUGGUAAUGAAAUCUAUGAUUUUGUUAUUGUUGCAUUUACCCAUUAUGAGAAGUUUGAUUCAGACGAUACAGGAAAAUCGAGAUUAGACGAAGAGCACAAGAAAGACCGAUUCUACAUCGGUCUUGAAAAUGCCAUAAAAAAGAACAAUGUCAUGGCGAAAAUCAAGAACGUCAGGAAUAAUCAUAUUUUGGUUAACACCCAAAUAGAAUCUAAUGACAAAUUUGAAAUAUUGAACCAAGUCUUGGCCAUUAUUCGUGAAAGGGAAAGCAUGACAGAACAUAAACAACUAUCGUUCGCUCGGUCAGAUUUGUCGAAACAGGCGGAAACGCUAUUACAGGAGAUCAUAAAAAGACCAGAACCCGAAAAUAAAAAUACAGCAGUAACAGGACAUCCGGUCAGAAGGACGGACAAGAAACCAAAAGCAAACAGUCAUAAAAGCUCCAUAGGAAAGACAAAAGACACGACGCCGGACAAGAACUCAAAAGCUGGCGUCAAUGUAAGUUCAAAAGAUACAACGCCAAAGGACACGAGCACACGCGCAAAUGAAAUUAAGAGAGAUACAGUAAAGAAGAGCAAACAUUUUCUUGAUGAGUUUGCAAAGCAAACGCGGCAAUAGUGUCAUAAAGUGAAAGAGAAUAAAUACGAUAUUUUGGGCGGUUCAUAACUGACGGAAGAACCAUUAAUGUUUACUUGUUAACAAGUAUGAAUAUAAUUACAAACCAAUCAUUUAGUUUACUAAUUAAAGGUUUUCAAUCUCUUUUUUCUAUGAAUUAUCAUUGUGUACUACAAAAGGUAUGAAACAUUGUAACCUUUGUAAAACAAAUCAACCCUUUCUUCUAGAAAAAUGGAUUACAUGUAGAGUUAGGUGCAGACCAAGCAUUAAAUAAAGUAAACGCACGUUAACGCCAAGUGCACAUAUUUCGUAAGUUAACUCUAAUUUUUGCGUUUACUAUAAUUACGUUAACGCGGAUAAAAUGGAAAUUUCUAAUGUCUAUCCGAGUAAACGCGCGUUUACUCUGUGUCCGUUUAGUACUUCAGAUUUCACAAAUGUAUUUUAACGUGCACUUGAAAGUAAAUGCGCGUUUACUUUUCGCGUUAACUGGUUGUGUAAAUUAUACAAUAAACGUCUGCUCAUUGGUCGGGCUGUUGUCUCUUUGACAAAUUCACUAUUUCCAUUCUCUAUUUUAUUCCUGUACAUCUGUACAUUUUUAUCUUAUUUUGUUAC